UUCCGAGGCCAAUUUUCUACCUUUUCCCCGUGUACGCUGUAACCACCCACCUCCGAUGUGCUCCGUUAUCACUCAGACUCUCUCAUUUCCGCACCUGCCACGGUAGGGAUCGGUCGGUCGGUGGCCCACGCUUAAGCUGAACGAGAGGUGGGGGCAAGGACAUUGCUUGGAAGCGGCGAAGCGAGAACGCAGAGCGAACGAGAGAGAGAGAGAUCCGCUCAGGGUCCGGCGCAAGAUUUCAAAAACGAAAGAAGGACUCGCUCAAGAUUCAUUGGAAGACAUGCUGCUGUUAACGAGAGUCGUGCUGGUUGCUGUGCUGUGCUUGUCCUUGGUGUCGUCCGGGCUUGGUUGCGGUCCGGGCAGGGGCUACGGCAGGAGGAAACAUCCGAAGAAGCUGACGCCGCUCGCUUACAAGCAAUUCAUUCCCAACGUCGCAGAGAAGACCCUAGGGGCCAGCGGCAGAUACGAGGGCAAGAUCACACGGAACUCUGAGCGAUUUAAAGAACUGACUCCCAAUUACAAUCCCGACAUUAUCUUUAAGGAUGAGGAGAACACUGGCGCGGACAGGCUUAUGACACAGAGAUGUAAGGACAAGCUGAACUCGCUGGCCAUCUCUGUGAUGAACCAGUGGCCCGGCAUCAAGCUGCGCGUCACGGAGGGAUGGGACGAGGAUGGCCAUCACUUCGAGGAGUCCCUACAUUAUGAGGGACGCGCUGUGGACAUCACCACCUCCGAUCGGGACAAGAGCAAAUAUGGAACCCUGUCUCGGCUGGCCGUGGAGGCAGGCUUCGACUGGGUCUACUAUGAGUCCAAGGCCCAUAUCCACUGCUCAGUGAAAGCAGAAAACUCAGUGGCUGCAAAAUCGGGAGGGUGUUUCCCGGGCUCGGCACAGGUCACCCUGAAAAACGGCCUGAGAAAAGAGAUGAGGGAUCUCAGACCUGGGGACCAGGUGCUGUCUGCAGACAGCGCGGGACAUCUGCUCUACAGCGACUUCAUCAUGUUCAUGGAUCAAGAUUCCACGACGCGCCGCGUGUUCUACGUGAUCGAGACGACAGCGCCCGUGCGAAAGCUCACUCUGACCGCGGCCCAUCUCCUGUUUCUGCUCAGCAACUCCACGGACGACCUCGGCACCAUGACAGCCACGUUCGCCAGCAAAGUCAAGCCCGGACAAAGGGUCAUCGUCGUCGACGACAAACACGCUCAGCUGAAGCCUGUCACUGUGGCACGGAUUUACACGGAAGAGCACCAAGGCUCAUUGGCCCCAGUGACAGCGCAAGGCACGAUUGUGGUCGACCAGGUACUGGCAUCGUGUUACGCUGUCAUUGAGAACCACAGUCUGGCGCACUGGGCCUUCAUGCCUCUCAGGCUGGCCCAUCACGCCUCCACGUUGUUACUCCCCAAAGACCACACCAACUCAAACGCCACCAGGCAAGAGGAUGGCAUUCACUGGUACUCCAAGCUCCUAUAUCAAAUGGGAACGUGGCUCCUGGAUAGCCAUUCUCUGCAUCCCUGGGGGAUGUCAUUAAACUCGAGUUGAAAACCUCAAAUGGAUAUAACAAAGAAAAAAAUAAGACCAAUGUAGGACAAACAAAAAGACUAUGUAGAAUUUAAAACAGAAAGAGACACUCAAAGGCCCCUAACGGAGUUGGGAUAUUUAUUUCAUUGACUUUUACAUGUGUCAUUUUCAAAGAAUAAAUGGAGCCUUAAAAGUU